AAAUGAAACAGAAACUUACGAUCGCUAAAAAUGUUUAGCGAAGAUUACCUUUAUACCUAUUACAAUGUUUGGAUUGUUAAACUCAUUCUUGCUUUAAAUGUCACUUUAUGUAUGAUACGGUCACAUGGUAACAGUUUUAAAUUGUAGAAAUGGCAACAGCAUCUAAACAAGCAACUAAAACAGGCACGCGUAUGAUUGUGGCCGCCAUCGAUAUAGGGACAACAUACAGUGGCUGGGCAUAUUCUACUCUAACUGAACCUGAAAAGAUUUACGCAAAUCAAGCAUGGUUUGCCGAUGGAGGGUCUUUAGCAUCCCUUAAGACAGCAUCAUGUAUUCUCUUUACACCGGAAAAAGAAUUCAAACAUUUUGGGUACGAAGCUGAAACAUCGUUCGCAAGUCUUGCUGAGGAUGAUGAACAUUGGGGAUGGUAUUACUUUCGAAGAUUUAAAAUGCUUUUGAAUGAAAAUCACAAAUUGAAUCGUUACACUACAAUCGAAGAUAUAUCAGGAAAGAAAAUGCCAGCACUUGUAAUAUUUGCUAAUGCUAUAAAGUUUCUUAAGGAUAACUUCUUUGCAACCAUUCGGAAGAGAGUAACCAACAUUACGGACACGGAUGUCAUCUAUGUUCUAACUGUUCCUGCAAUUUGGGAUGACAUGGCUAAACGGUUUAUGCGGGAUGCAGCAGUUGAGGCUGGAAUUUCAAAUGACCAACUGAUAAUAGCACUCGAGCCUGAAGCAGCAUCAAUUUGGUGUCAGGAAUUACAAACCGAAUUUCAAAGAAGCGAUGACGAGAAUGUUCUAGGAAUUUCAGCAAUUGGUACCCGGUACAUGGUUGUUGAUUUAGGAGGUGGAACAGCUGAUAUUACAGUACAUGAAAGGAGACCGAAUAAUACCCUGUUAGAGAUUCAUAAACCAAUAGGUGGACCAUGGGGUGGGACUGAAGUUGAUAAAAACUUCACUAAAUUGUUGAAACGAAUCUUUGGCUCGGUCGAAUGGGAGAGGUUUGAACAAAACGAUUUAGAAGAUUUACUUCACAUAUACAGAGAUUUCGAAGCCAAAAAGAGAAAUUGUCAUUUAAAUUCUUCUGAUCAGGUAACUCUAAAAGUACCGUCAAGUCUGAAAGAAUACUACGAGGAAAAUGACAAGAAAACAACUGCAGAAAUUGAAAAGAAAUUUGAUAAACACAUUACAUGGAAGAAGGACAAAUUAAGGAUUGAAGCCUCCGUUUUGGAGAAAUGUUUUGAAACACCGAUAAACAAAAUAGUUUCCACCGUAAGGGAAGUUCUAUCGAAGAAGAAACUUAGAAAUGUAAGCAGAAUAAUACUUGUAGGUGGUUUCGCUGAAAGCAUUUACGUACAAGAUAGAUUCAAAGCAAAUUUUGCAGACAAGCAAAUCAUCAUACCUCCGGAUUGCGGACUCGCUGUUUUGAAAGGAGCUGUUCUUUUCGGCCAUAAUCCGUCAAUAGUAACCGCAAGGAUUGCACGUUAUUCUUACGGUCUUGAUAUUGCUGUUCCAUUUGAUCAUACAAAGCACCCAAAAGAAAAAAUGGUCGAUUCCAACAUUGGAAAAUUUUGCCUGAAUACAUUUUGGAAAGCAGUUGAAAUCGGGCAACAAGUAGAGGAUGGAUAUGUAGUGUCAAGAAUUGGAAAAGCAGUGGAUGAUUUUCAACGCAAACUGGUAUUGAACGUUGUCAAGUCAACCCAGAAUGACCCGCUUUUUACAACAGAUAAAGGCUGUGAAGUAAUUGGAGAAAUUGUAGUUCCGAUGGAUUGUACAUUAAAGGCUGAUGACAAUGCCGUGGAAGAAAUGUUCAUAUUUGGAGGUACAGAGCUAAGGUUUCAAGCCAAACACAUAACUCGCGGGGAUACACACGUACUUAACAUUGAUCUUUGAUUUAUCACACGGUAACUGAACCUAUUGGAAAGGGUUAAUUGAAAGAAACUAAUAGAUUGUUGAAAGUUAUUAAUGCAAAAUGAUAGUGUUAAAAAGGAAAAAAGAAUAAAAAGAGAACAACGGAGUCCCUACAGAACGCCCAAAACGACGAAAGAUUUAAACUCGAAAAAUGGGGAAUUUGGAAUUAAGAGACAUCCGCAGAUGUGUAUAUACGGCCUUCAAUGUGACACUUUAAUAAUGCCUUUCCAUGAAAGCGGCGUAUGGUUCCCAAGUAAAAGGCGUGCCCUAUUCGACAUAACAUUGGAACGAACUAAACAAAACAUAAUUUUUAAAAGGGCAUAUCACACACAAGAUGUCAAAAGACAAAUUUUAAAAGCAGGUACCAUAUUCUAGGGUCAAUUAUACACUAUUUUAGUAGAAAUACUUGAACCACCAAUAUUAAAAAAGAUCGGAUAGAAGAAACUAAAUAUACCACAAACAUGUAUACACGACAAUUAUGUCGUGACAAACGAUCUUUAAGGAUAAAAAAAUAUAACACAUUUGAUUAUAUGUACGGGGCGACUUUUUACAUAAAUUUUCUUAUGGCGAAUGGUUUAAAUAUAUAUUUUGUUUUUGAUGUACUGUUUUAAUGCUCCAUGUACAUGUACAACAUCUAAUUAACUUAAAAAAGUGUGCUGAUUCUGUUUAUGAUUAAGUUUUGAGCACAAUUAUUUGAUAGUGUGUGCCUUUUACAUUCAGAACAGAAAUAUUUGUAAUUAAAAGAUACAAAUUUAAAGCUGAUAUAUCAUGUUUAUGAGUGCGUUAUGAGAUAUUUUUUUAAGUUUUAAGUUAAGAUUGUAAAACCGAUAACUUUAUAGGUAAAUGUAUAUAUGAUCGAAGAACCAUCACGAAUGGUUAGUUCCCUUGAACAUGGCUUAUGUUAUGGAUUGAGAGAAUGCACUUUUUUUAACUACAAAGGCUCGCAUGAAAUAUUUUAUACAACUCGUUCAAUAAAUUCAGUAGUGAAUUUACGUUGGAAAAUCAGACGAACAUUUAUACAGAAUGCAGAAUUCUAAUUAAGAGUAUUUGCUAUACAUUUCAGUCAUUCUUAUUUAGAUUACAUAUUUUAUUUAGGUUACUUUAUUAUCCAACUUAUUUUGGUAAGAAUCAUCUUAUUUUUGAUAAAAAAUUCUGUUGAUUACAAUUUGAAAUAAAAUAUGCAACGUUGUAUUUUUAUCAUUUUAUUAGCCAGUGCAUGUUCGAUAUUUAGUUACUUCCUGAAACCCAAAAAGCGAAAUAUUCGAAAGAAGUACAGUGUGUAUUAAAGGUGACUCUCUUUGUACAUCGAUUUGUGAUUUGAAUUUCAUCAGUCAGUUUAAGAGCACUCUGAACCCUUCGUUUUAACACUUUUCGAAGGUGUUAUAGUCAAUAGAUUUAAAACCGUUGGUUUUCUUAUGCGUAGUUCAUGUUUUGGAUUACGGAAAUGUAUGGGUUUUUUAUCGUUUGUCUACAUACUUGGUUAUAUUACAUUAUGUGGAGCAGUUAUUACAGUAUAUAUAUAAACAACAUCAGAUGAUAAUUUACACAGAAUACAGUGGAAAAGUCAUUCAAAAAUACAAGCUUAUAUUGUGACUGAAAUUCUAUUUAUUCCUUAUAUGUUUAAGUUAUUUUUAACAAAAUGUUCUACCAACCUUUUCAACUCUGUACAAAUUUUGUACUUAGGGCUAUUCAAUCUUGACCAGCCAUGUUUAUUAUUUUAUUUACAAUAUCACUGUAUUAUAACAUUUUAACACAUAAAUAUCUAAGUAUAUGUCACAAUGUAAAAUAAAAAAAGCGAUGGAUUGUAUAAUUAAGUUCCAAUAUGAAAUGGUUAUAAUUCAAUUACCACCAUUGAUAGGUAAUCGUUGCAUCUCUAGAUCUAUUAUUUCACCAUUUCCCUCCUUUUAGGACCGUUUUGCCCUUUUCCCAAGUUAGGUUUGGUACCUUUAAAGUGCCUUGGCGGUGUGACUAGGUAAUUUUGGGGUUAUGUUCUGUGAAUGUCUCCUUACAUUGUUGAUCUGUGUUCUAUUUCUUUUUUUUCUUCAAAUUCUUAAUACUGUAAAACUCGAACAUCAGUGCAUGCACAUAAUCCUGUGAUUAAAGUAAUGGAGAAUGCAUUUGAAAUUAUAAACAACUCGAUUAAACAAUGCUUCUAUUAUUUAUUAAGAGUAACUUCAAUAAAUUUGUAACAUUACAUAAGAAUUCCAAUCUGUAUUGUUUAUCACGAUAUUUUUAUGUGCCUUGUUAAGGUAAUACGUAUGUGAUAUAUAAUUUUUAUAUCGUUAUUUAGUUUUGUUACAUGCUAUUGAAAACUCAUUUACUAAAACAGAAAUAUACCGUGCCAAACUGUUUGAAAAUAGUUUGUAGAAUCGAUGUUUAAUAUUAUAUUACUUGUUUAAUCAGUCGCUUUACUUCUCGUAUAAAACUAACUGCCUGUUAAUAUUUUUAUCAGUAGUAUCGUAAACUGUUUGGUUUGACCAAUUAAGACAUAUUAUUUACAUCUUUACAUCUUUGUGUUAUCAACAAUGUAUCUGAACAAUUAAUAAGCUUUCCCAGACAUUAUGGCAUGGAUGCUUAAGUUUGAUAACUAUCACUCCAAAUUUGUGCCUUGAACUUUUAACCUUUACAA